CUUACUGAAACAUAAGAGAUCACUUUAGUAUUUGUUAAUGAAAUAUUCUCUCAUUAAUUAUCUCCCUAAAUUUAGGAAAAACAGUGAAUUGAGGGAGAAUUGAUUGUGAACGCGAGAGAGAGAGAGGAGAGAGAGGGAAAACGGUCCUUGCUUCAGUUUUCCGGCGACAUAAUCGCCGGAAUCAUCGACCGGAGAACACCCCAAUCAUUGCGUGUUGCCGUUACCACCGGAAGUCGACCGAAAACAUCAAAACAGCGACCAAAACAUCGUCAGGCGACCUGUCGAAGCUCAUCGGAAAUUCCAAAAAAAUCGCCAAACCGUUCCCAGACAGUGUAACGCGUCCCAGUAAUGGGAAAGGUGAAAGGAAAACAUCGUCUUGACAAGUAUUACCACUUAGCAAGAGAAUGCCAUUACCGUUCACGUGCAGCAUUCAAACUCAUCCAAUUGAACACAAAAUUCUCCUUCCUUCAAUCGUCACAAUCUGUCCUCGAUCUUUGUGCCGCACCGGGCGGUUGGAUGCAAGUUGCUGUCAGUAAAACACCCGUUGGUAAUCUUGUGGGUGUAGAUAAAGUUCAUAUCAAUCCUAUAUAUGGUGCAAUUGCUGUACAAGAAGAUAUUACAAGUUCCAAAUGCAAAUCUAUGAUUAAAAGGAUCAUGCAUGAAAAUGGUGUUAAUGGUUUUGAUUUGAUAUUACACGAUGGUUCCCCGAAUAUUGGUGGUGCAUGGGCUAUGGAGGCUACUAUGCAGAAUGCUUUGGUGAUUGAUUCUGUUAAGCUUGCUGUUGAAUUUUUGGCUCCUAAAGGCACUUUUGUUACUAAGGUUUUCAGAUCUCAAGACUAUAAUGCUGUUCUUUACUGUCUAAGACAGCUUUUUGAGAAGGUUGAGGUGGAAAAACCUUUGGCAAGUCGUACAGAAUCUGCAGAAAUAUAUCUUAUUGGUCUGAAAUAUAAGGCCCCUGCUAAGAUUGACCCUCGCCUUCUUGAUAUAAAGCACCUCUUUCAAAGGGGUAAAGAACCUCCUAAGGUGGUCGAUGUACUAAGAGGGACAAAGCAGAAGAGACACCGUGAUGGGUAUGAAGAUGGGGAGACACUCUUAAGGAAGGUCUGCUCCGCUGCUGAUUUUGUGUGGUCUGAUAACAAGAGCCUUGGCUCAGUUACUUCAAUAGCGUUUGAUGAUCCUGCUUCUUUGCCAAUGAGAGAUCAUCCUUUGACGACAGAAGAGGUUAGAACACUAUGUGAGGACUUGUGUGUUCUUGGGGAGCAAGACCUCAAACAUCUUUCAAAGUGGCGUAAGCUUAUGAGGAAAGCUCUGUCUCCUUCAGAGACAACUAGUAAUCCAAAAGCAGUAGUUGAGUGUGAGAGCAAGGAGGAUGAAGAUAAAAGACUCGUAAAAGAAAUGGAGGAGUUGAAGGAUACUGAACUGGCAAAGAAGAAAAGAGCAAAACGGCUUCUUGCAAAAAGACAAGCCAAGGACAAAGCACGCAAGGUGUUGGGGUUGCAGUCAGAUUAUGUUGAUCAGAAUCUGUUUUCUCUAACAUUGUUCAAGGGCAAGAGAGAUGUAGUAGCUAUUCAGGAGAAUGAAUAUGAUGAUGAAAGUGCUAGUGAAGAUGAUGAAAAUGACCUGGAAUCCUCAGAGAAUGCAUCUAACGAUGGGGACUCUGAAGAAGAGUGCAGAAGACGUGACGAUGAAAUAGCGAGGUUGCUUGAUGACCUUGAGGACCGCAACAAAAGGUAUAUGGCUCGAGUGGAAAGAAAAACGAAGCGAUCCAAAAUAUCCUACUUGGAUGAUGGUGAACUCUUGGAGGAUUGUGAUGAAGAUGGUAUGACUCAUUCUGCUAUAGACUCUGAUAGUGAUAAGGGAGAGGAUCAAGUGAAUCCUCUAAUCAUACCUCUAGAAACCGUAACCGCUCCAUCUCAAGGGGAGGUUGUCAAAACGUGGUUUUCUCAAGAUGUUUUUGUUGAGAAAGAAGAGCAAGAUGUGUUGGACAAGUAUGACAGAGAAGAUGAGAUGCUAAUAGAUCGAGUAGGGGAAAGGGAACUGAAAUCUAAGACACAGUCAGGUGAUCAAAUGCCGGUAGAAAUUCUAGGUUUGACAAAGAAAAAAAUGGGUGGUUCGCUCCAAGUACCAGCAUCGGAGACAUCAGAAGAUUUUGAGAUUGUUCCUGCACCAUCUUCAGAUUCAAGUGAUUCUUCGUCUGAUGAGUCAGAUGAAUCAGGUGAUAAUAUUAACGGAAAGGCUGCAAUUUUGUGUGCAGGAAAGAAAAUGACUUUGAAAAGGCAGAGAGAAUUAAUGAUGGAUGAUGGUUACAACAAGUAUAUGUUCCACGAUGAGGGGCUGCCAAAGUGGUUCAUUGAUGAGGAGAAGAGGCAUCGACAACCAAUAAAGCCUGUGACGAAAGAGGAGGUUGCUGCAAUGAAAACUCAGUUUAAAGCAAUCAACGCUCGUCCUGCAAAGAAGGUAGCAGAAGCCAAAGCACGGAAGAAAAGGGUUGCUCAGAGAAAGCUGGAGAAGGUUCGGAAGCAGGCUAACUCGAUAUCAGACCAAGCAGAUAUAUCUGAUCGAUCAAAGAGUAGAAUGAUUGAACAGCUAUACAAGAAAGCAACACUUAAAACGCCAGGGAAGGAAUACGUAGUGGCAAAAAAGGGUGUUCAAGUGAAGGUUGGCAAGGGGAAAGUUCUUGUUGAUCGACGAAUGAAGAAAGAUGCAAGAAGACAUGGAAUAAGCAAGCAAGGCAUGAAGAAGGGAAAACAAAAACGAAAAGGCUCACGGAGGGCUUCCUCAACAGGCAAGAAUUGAAACUUGCUAAAAGCUAAACUAGAAUCUUAGGAGCCAGCCAAGCAUAAGUAAACUCGUAUUUUUUCAUUUUACAUUGUUCAGAAAUGCAAAGGCAGCUUUGAAUGCUGCAAGUUGCAACCUAUCUUAAGGUGAUUAGUAGGUAAAACUACAAAUGUGGGAGUUUCAAAUGCAGGGGGUAAAUUCCAUGCACUGCUCCUUUUUGCUUUAUCAACGGCAUGUUAAUUCUAGUGUUUAAUGUCAUUUAUCAUCUGGUUUA